CUCUCCCCGGGCAGGGGGCAGUGAGGAGGCCACAGAGAAUGGCACGCGGCCCCGGACCCUGUGCCAUGAGCACGCUGCUGGCCCUGCGCCGUGGGGACCUCUGGCUGCUGCUCCUGUGCGGCGUGUGCCAGGUGCCCAGAGCCCAGCCUGGGGCCCAGGACCACCCAGAGUUUUCGGUCCUGGCCUCUGUUUCCCACUACUGGCCGCUGGAAAGCGUGGAUGGGAUCCAUGAACUUCAGGACGUGGCUGCAGCCCUGCGAGCUCACAACCUCACUGUGUUCCUUCCCCACACCUCCACCUUUGUGCCCACCCGGGGCUCUGCCUACUCCAAUCUCUCUGCGACCGUAGACCUCAUGGAGGCGAAGGUCAACAAGAGCAUCUACCUCAGGGAGGAGAAGGGGGUGACCCUGCUUCUCUACAACAGCUCCUCCUGCAUCAGCAGCCCCGCGCGGUGCGGCCCCACGGGCGUCACCUUUUCCUUUUUCUGGAAGAUCCAGGGAGAGCAGUCCCGGCCAGCCCCUUCCACGUACGGGGGACAGGUCAUCUCUGACGGCUUCAAGGUCUGCUCCAGUGGCAGCCGGGGCUCUGUGGAGCUGUACACGCGUGAUGACUUCAUGAUGUGGGAGGCUGCCUUCAGCCCGCUGGGCCCUUACUGGACUCACGUCCUGUUCACCUGGAAAUCCAAGGAGGGCCUCAAAGUCUACGUCAACGGGACCCUGAGCACCUGGGACUCCCGCGGGAGAGUGUCGCGGGACUACGGGGAGCCCAGCACGAACCUGGUGAUCGGGUCUGAGCAGGACCGGACCCAGUGCUAUGAGAACGGCGCUUUUGACGAGUUCAUCUUCUGGGAGCGGGCGCUGAACCCAGCCGAGAUCCGGAUGUACUUCACGGCCGCUGUCGGAAAGCACCGUCUGCCGUCCUCCACCCCGCUGCCCAGCGUCACGAUGCUGACGGCCAUCGCCACGGUGCCCAGAGAUGCCUACCACCCCAUCAUAGCCAACCUGACAGAGGAGAGGAAGAACUUCUCGAGGCCCCACGUGGCACUGAGCUACCUUCGAAGCAUGUCCCUCAGCUUACCCAACAAGUCCCUCUCGGAGGAAACAGCGCUGAACCUCACGGAGACCUUCCUGUGGACCGUGGGCGAGGUGCUGCUGCUGCCCGGCUGGAAGGCGGCGUCAGAGGACAAGGCCUUGGUGUCUGGCCUCAUCAACACCAUCGACGUUGUCCUGGGCCAUGUGUCUCUGAAGCUGCAUGGCCGCAGGCCCGAGAUCACCCUCGAGGGCUCCUCUCCUGUGGCAGAUUUCUCUGUCACCAAGCUCCUCCCGAGGUCCCUGAGCACAGCUCACUACCGCUUUCCUGCCCACGGGGACAGCUACAUCGAGAUUCCCGGGGAGGCCCUCCGUGGCCCGGCCUGGACCACCCUCGUGGGCCUUUCUUACCACUCCAUACACAACUUCGUGAGCAGCAUCCCCCCGGCCAGCACUAAGAUUCCUGUGGCGGCCAGCUGCAGAGAUGGCCUGCUGUUUGCUGUCAGCCCUCUCAUCUCACUGGAGGUGCGCCCCCCACCUGCGCUGUCCCAAAACCUCUCCGGGCCUCCCCUGGUCACCGUGCACCUCAGACACACACUGACUCAGAAGCAGCACUCGGAUGCCACCAAUGCCAGCAACCGCGUCUUCCUGUACUGCGCAUUCCUGGACUUCAGCUCUGGGAAAGGCGUGUGGUCCAGCCAGGGCUGUGCACUCAGGGACGGGAACCUGACCCACUCUACCUGCCGCUGCACGCACCUCACCAACUUCGCCAUCCUUAUGCAGGUGGUCCCGCUGGAGCUCCCGUAUGGACACCAGGUGGCGCUGUCCUCCAUCAGUUAUGUGGGCUGCGCGCUGUCCGUGCUCUGCCUGGCCGCCACGCUGGUCACCUUCGCCGUGCUGUCCUCCGUCAGCACCAUCAGGAACCAGCGCUACCACAUCCACGCCAACCUGUCCUGCGCCGUCCUGGUGGCCCAGGUGCUCCUGCUGGGCAGCUUCCACGUGGAGCCGGGCACGGUGCCCUGCCAGGUGCUGGCCACCCUGCUCCACUACUUCUUCCUGAGCGCCUUCGCCUGGAUGCUGGUGGAGGGGCUGCACCUGUACAGCAUGGUCGUCAAGGUGUUCGGAUCCGAGGGAAGCAAGCGCCUGUACUACUACGGCAUAGGAUGGGGCCUCCCCCUGGUCAUCUGUGUGGUCUCCAUCUCCUUCGCCAUGGACAGCUAUGGGACAAGUAACAACUGCUGGCUGUCGCUGGGCACAGGUGCCAUCUGGGCUUUCGUGGGCCCCGCCCUGCUGGUCAUUGUGGUCAACAUCGGCAUCCUCAUCGCGGUCACCAGGGUCAUCUCCCAGAUCAGCGCCGACAGCUACAAGAUCCACGGGGACCCAAGUGCCUUCAAGCUGACCGUCAAGGCCGUGGCUGUGCUGCUGCCCAUCCUGGGGACCUCGUGGGCCUUCGGCGUGCUGGCCGUCAACGACCAGGCCCUCGUCUUCCAGUACAUGUUUGCUGUGCUCAACUCCCUGCAGGGCGGCUUCAUCUUCCUCUUCCACUGUCUCCUCAACUCCGAGGUGCGAGCUGCCUUCAAGCACAAGACCAAGGUCUGGUCCCUCACCAGCAGCUCGGCCCGCAACGCCAGUGGGAAGCCCUUCAGCUCGGACAUGAUGAACGGGACCAGGCCGGGCACGGCCUCCACCAGGCCUAGCCCCUGGGACAGGAGCAGCCACUCCGCCCAGCGUGUGGAUCUGUCCGCAGUGUGAGGGCAUGGCUCUGUGGAGCCCAGAGGAGGUCCACACUCACGCAGCAUGGGACACAUGACUGUCCUGCCCGCUGUCAUGGGAUUCUGGCUCCCCUGAGGCCACAAGUGACAUGCAGGAUGCCGUGGCCAGCAACAACAUGGCCCUCCCGCGCCCUGGGUGUGCUGGGCACCACGAUCCCGAGCACAUGGUACCCUUCACAUCCACGGGCAGAGCACAGGACCCACGCGGCUGAGGCCAGCAAGGGUCCCAGCCGUAUGAGCAGCCCUGGCCUCUGUCCAUGCUGGGUGCCGGGCCAGAGUCUGUGGCGUCCAGGAUAGGACGCUGGCCCAGUCCUCUCCUUGGGAGGACCACUGCCAGUGGCCUGUGCUUUGGGCCGUCGUUGGCACCGUGGACAGUAGUACUGCGGCCCUGCUGUCCUGAGCACACUGCCUCUCUGGACCAGGUCGGCCUAGGUCCCGUCUCAGCACCAGCUAGCCCCGUCCUGGCCACCCCAGCUCAUGCCUCCUGCGUGUUUUCCUGAGCCAGACUGCCGGCCGCCUGGCCUGCUGCCCCCAGAACUGUGUCCCUGUCUCCAGCGGGGAAAGGCUGGUCACCUGCCUCCUUCAUGGACACCAGAGUCCGGGCUCUCCAGGGGAGGAGGGGGUGGCGCUGUCCUCUGUGUCAGACCCAGACUUCACCCUGGGGAGGACGGAGGGCGAGGUCAGGCCCAGGCCCCGAUGCAGAGAGGCUGACAGCACUGGUGGCCGUGGCUGGAGCCGGGUGGGCCACUUCGAGGACGGUCCCGCCUGCAUCUGUACUGGAAACCCCACAUUACACUGUGACAACAACUUCACUGCACUCGUCUCACCACGCCUGCUUCACUCCUGAGUGGAUUUUCACAGCUCUGGGGACACUACCCCGGGCAUCUGGUAGUGUUUUUAAAACUUAGUGACUUUCUGAUGACGGAUGAUGGCGUACAGACACCCGCCCCGACCUGCCCGGGCCCCCGGAGGCUUCAGUCCAGUGGUGGCCCUGACCUCCGAGGGCGGCCAGCUCUCUGUGGGUGGGGUCAGUGGUGGCAUCUGCAGGAUCAGCUUCUGGCCCUCUGCUCACUGUGUGACUGAACCUUCGCCUGCCCCACCACAGGGUGGCCCUGUGACCCAGGCCAUGGCCACUGGGGGAGCCCGCGCCCGGGCAGAGCCCACUCUCAGCAGUCGCCCUCAGGCCUCCCGUGGUUCCUGGGUGGACCCGGGUCCCUGGGUCGUCCCUCAAGGCCCCGAGCACCAGGGACAUCGCCGGGGACACUGGGCCCUCCACACGCCGCCCUGUGCAGCCCGUGCGUCACCCAGCAACUGGAUCCCUGUCCAAGCCUUUCCUUUCCGAGAAGGCGCCAAGCACUUUAUUUAUAGCUGUAAAUUGUGGCUUUUGCGGUAGUUUGUUAUCAGCACUAAUUUGCCAAGAAAUGAGAAAUCGGAGAAAGGAUGAGCUUAAAGUGGUUUAUGGCUCGGGAAAGGUGAUGAACGCGCUCAGUGGGGAAAACAUGUUGUGAUUUUAUGAAAUAAAAACUCAGUGCUGUGAAAUAAAA